AGACACUAAAGAAGUUCGUCGUUAUUAGUGUCGCCGUCGUGUCGAUGCAUUUAAUUAUUCCAAAUCUGGUCGGUCACACUGGCCUGGCCACAUUGUUCAUCAGAUUACCAUAAGAAAGAUACAAGUGGUUAUCGUAUAAAAAAUGCCGACCGUUAAUGUCAAACGUGACUUGUUAUUUAAAGCUCUUGGUAAAACGUAUUCGGAUGAUGAGUUUCAAGAUUUGUGCUUCAAAUUUGGUUUAGAAUUGGACGAAGUGACAACAGAAAAGUUAAUGAUAAUGAAGGAAAAGGGACUAGAUCAAAAUACAGAAGUAUCUGAUGAAAUUAUAUAUAAAAUUGACAUACCAGCAAACAGAUAUGAUUUAUUAUGCUUGGAAGGUUUAACUCUCGGAUUGCUCAUAUUUUUAAACAAAAUAGAUAUACCGCGUUAUAUGGGAAUGCUUUCGGAUACAGGCAUGCAGAAGAUUACUAUGACAAGUGAGUGUCUGAAAAUCAGAGGACAUAUUGUUGCAGCUAUUUUACGUGAUAUUACAUUUACAAAAGACUCUUACGAUAGUUUCAUUGAUCUGCAAGACAAAUUACAUCAAAAUAUAGGAAGAAAACGAAGUUUGGUAUCUAUCGGUACUCAUGAUUUUGACACAAUUCAGGGUCCAUUUUUAUACGAUGCAAAACCACCAGCCGACAUCUGUUUUAAACCACUUAAUCAAGAUAGGGAGUAUACAGGAGAAGGAAUUAUGAACUUAUACGCUAAUCAUGCACAGUUAAAGCGAUACCUACACAUCAUAAAAGAUAGUCCAGUUUUUCCUGUAGUGCAAGAUAGCAAUGGAAUUAUUUUAUCCCUUCCACCUAUUAUCAAUGGAGAUCAUUCAAAAAUUACACUCGAUACCAAAAAUGUAUUCAUUGAAUGUACAGCAACAGAUCUUACAAAGGCAAGGAUAGUGUUGGACACUAUAGUCUGUGCAUUUAGCCAAUACUGUAAAAUAAAAUAUACAGUAGAAAAGGUGGAAGUAAUAUAUCCUAAUAAACAAGUAUUUCAUUAUCCUGACUUGAAAUAUCGAACUGAGGAAAUUGAUUGUGAAAAAGCUAUAAAUUAUAUUGGCAUAAAACAAACAGCGGAAGAAGUAGCUAAUCUACUUUCUAAAAUGUCGUUAAAAACAUGUGUAAGGAAAAAUAACAUAUUGAAUAUUGAAGUUCCUCCCACUAGACACGAUGUGAUACACGCAUGUGACAUUUAUGAAGAUAUCGCCAUAGCAUAUGGAUACAACAACAUUCAGAAAACUAUACCAUAUUUAUCUACAAUCGCAGAAGAGUUCCCGCUUAAUAAAUUGUCCGAUCAAUUACGUACAGAAUUGGCUUGCGCUGGUUUUACAGAAGCAUUAACUUUCUCAUUGUGUUCACGCGAAGAUAUAGCGGACAAAUUAGGUCAUAAACUGGAAAACGUACCAGCGGUUCAUAUAUCAAAUCCAAAAACUUUAGAAUUUCAGGUAGCACGCACUACUCUACUGCCUGGAUUAUUGAGGACAUUAGCUGCAAAUAAAAAAAUGCCACUUCCUCAGAAAUUGUUUGAAGUUUCCGAUGUUAUAUUAAGAGAUAAUACUACGGAAGUAGGUGCGCGUAAUAAUCGUCAUUUGUGUGCGCUGUAUUGUAAUAAAUCGGAUGGUUUCGAAAUAAUUCAUGGUUUAUUGGACAGAAUAUUACACGUAUUAGAAAUACCGUGGAGCGUUGGUGAAAACUCGGACGGUUAUUAUCUUCUAGCGGUCGAUGAUCCUACUUUCUUCCGUCAUCGUUGUGCGGAAAUUUUCUGUUACAACAAAGUGAUUGGAAAAAUGGGCGUUCUGCACCCGGAUGUAAUUACAAAGUUUGAUCUAAAUAUACCCUGCUCUGUAUUAGAGAUCGAUAUUGAACCAUUUGUAUAA